AUGGCCUUCUCUGCACUGCUAAAAACUUUCUUCAUUCUUAUCUCUCUCCACCACAACUCAACAUCAUCAGCUUUUGAAUACCAUCGGAAUCUCAUCGCCGGCGACCAGGAAUCAUCCUACCCGAUUCAUAUCUCCGUUGGGAACACUUAUGGCCCAGCUCCUUCUCCUUCUCCUUUUCUUUCUCCUUCUCCUUCUCCUUCUCCUUUUCCUUCCCCUUCUCCUUCUCCUUCUGCUUCUUUCUCCCCGCCCCCUAAAUCUUCUCUAGUUCCGGCGCUGUUCGUAAUCGGAGACUCCUCUGUUGAUUGUGGGACUAACAAUGUCCUCGGCACGUUUGCUCGGGCCGAUCGCCUUCCUUAUGGACGAGACUUUGAUACUCACGAGCCUACUGGCCGUUUCUGCAAUGGAAGAAUCCCUGUGGACUAUCUAGCAUUGCGUCUAGGGUUGCCGUUUGUUCCGAGUUACCUUGGGCAAACCAGUUCUAUUGACGAUAUGAUUCAAGGAGUGAAUUAUGCCUCUGCAGGAUCAGGGAUCAUUUUCUCCAGUGGCUCUGAAUUGGGUCAGCAUAUCUCGCUCUCGCAGCAGAUUCAGCAGGUGAGCGAUACGUUUCAGCUGAUGAUGCUAAGCAUGGGUGAGAAAGCGGCAUCCGAUCUCAUAUCAAGAUCUCUGUUCUACAUUUCUAUUGGAAGCAAUGACUACAUACAUUACUAUCUCCGUAACGUGUCUGAUGUUCAGUCCCUUUACCUUCCUUGGAAUUUCAACCAGUUCUUAGCAGAGUCUAUGAAGCAGGAGAUUAAGAACCUGUAUAAUGCUAAAGUGAGGAAAGUGGUUGUAAUGGGAUUGGCGCCUAUGGGUUGUGCUCCGUAUUACCUGUGGCUGUACGAGAACACAGAUGGGAAGUGCGUCGAAAUGAUAAACGAUAUGAUUCUUGAAUUCAACUUCGAGAUGAGACAAAAGAUUGAAGAACUCUCCGUGGAGCUCGCUGAUGCAAGAAUCAUCUUCUGUGAUGCAUAUGAAGCCUCGAUGGACAUUAUGAAGCACCAUCGCCGAUAUGGCUUCAAUGUGACAGCAGAAGCCUGCUGUGGUUUAGGGAAGUACAGAGGGUGGCUCUUUUGUAUAUCUCCUGAAAUGGCUUGCAGCAAUGCCUCUAAUCACAUAUGGUGGGAUCAGUUUCACCCGACAGAUGCUGUUAACGCCAUCAUCGCUGAUAAUGUCUGGUCUAGCUUGCAUACUAAUAUGUGCUACCCCAUGAACUUGCAGGACAUGAUAGCUCACACCAGUUGA